AUGGCUUCCAAGGAGCGCGAAGAUAGUCUCGUCCGUCAGACUUUGACAGCGGACAUGUUACAUGAUGCCCUCUCGGGCAUGUCUAUGGCCACGAGGGCUGUCCAUUCAGAUGACUUCUACACCCCUCAUCGUGCCAUCGCCCCAGGAAUGCACGUGGCGGUCAAUUACCGGUACGCGAGAAACCCUGAGGAUCUCAAGCCAGGGGACAACACCGAUCCUAACGCGCCAGAGGAUUCUCAUGUUUAUUCGCGGUAUACGGCUCCGAACUCGAGUCGGCUCGAGACGAUUCUCAAGAACGUAUUUGGAGGUCACACCAUUACGUACACGAGUGGUCUUUCUGCGUUCCAUGCUAUGAUGGUUUGCCUGAACCCUAGGCGUAUCUUCAUCGGCCAAGGAUACCACGGCGUUCACGGUGUCAUCGACGUCAUGACAAAGUUGACUGGGGUCCAAAAGCUGAGCUUGGAGAACCUCGACGAAAUGAGAGCUGGAGACAUCGUCCAUGUCGAAACACCGCUCAACCCGACGGGUGAGGCAGCCAACCUUGCCUACUUUAGCUCAAAAGCCCGCGCGGUCGGGGCCUACCUCAGCGUCGAUGCGACCUUUGCCCCACCUCCUCUGCAGGACCCUUUGCAAGUUGGAGCUGAUAUGAUCAUGCAUAGCGGCACCAAAUACAUCGGAGGCCACUCGGACAUGCUGUGUGGCAUCCUUGUCGUUCAUCCUGAUCGUGUCAAGGAAGGAUGGGUCGAUACACUCUAUAAAGAACGGCAAGUCAUCGGGUCUGUGAUGGGUAGCUUCGAAGGUUGGCUUGGUAUCAGGUCAAUUCGAACUCUGCAUCUCCGCGUGAUGCGACAAUCACAGACCUGCACAAGCAUCGUUGCAUGGCUCGUUGGAGAGAUGGCGCGCCCUGGGUCCAUAGUCAACAUGGCUGUUGCAGAAGUUCGGCACGCUUCAUUGCAGACUGAAGCACUUCAGGAUGGGUGGCUCCAAAAGCAGAUGCCCGGUGGUUUUGGAGCGGUCUUCAGCUUAUUGAUGAAAAGCCCUGAGCAUGCCAAGAGGAUGCCGAGCAGGAUGUACGUCUUUCAACAUGCGACGAGUCUCGGAGGAGUGGAAAGUUUGAUGGAAUGGCGAUCAAUGAGUGAUGCCGCCUGCGACAAGCGCCUUCUCCGGUUGAGUUGUGGCGUGGAGGACUUGGAAGACUUGAAAGCGGACCUUGCCCAAGGGAUGGAGAGUCUGUUGAAGGAUUUCCCCGUUGAUUCAAUUGUGUAA